AUGGCGUCUCCCAACCAACUUCAGACUUUUCCUUCUAAACCACGUGUAUUCAUUUUAAGUGACAUCUCCAAUGAACCCGAUGAUGCAGAGUCUUUGGUUCGCUACCUCCUUUACUCCAACCAGUUUCAGACGGAAGGUCUGGUCGCUUGUACGUCGACAUGGAUGAAGAAUAAGGUCUGUCCGCAGGAUAUGCAUAAGAUCGUGGAUGGGUAUGAGAAAGUAGUCGACAACCUCAACGCCCACGUAAAUCCGAACGACCCUUAUCCGACAGCACAAUAUCUGAGAUCUCUCAUUAAGAAAGGUGCAGAGACAUACGGCAUGAAAGCAGUAGGAGACAACAUCCCCCUCAGCGAAGGAGGCGAGCUCCUCCUACAAAGCAUUCUCGCAACAACAGAAGACCCCCUCUGGAUCCUCUGCUGGGGUGGAACAAACGUCCUCGCCUCCGUCCUCCUCAAAAUUCAAAACACACACUCAGCCGCAGAUGCCCUGAAAUUACGCUCUAAGCUGCGCGUCUACACAAUUUCCGACCAAGAUGACACGGGCACCUGGAUCAGACACCAUUACCCAGACCUGUUCUAUAUCUGCUCCGUGCACGGCUGGAAUCAAUACGGCAUGGCAGCCUGGUGCGGUAUAUCCGGUGACAAAUGGUACGGCUUCGACAAAGGGGGACCGGACCCAAGCAAGAUUAGCAAGGAAUGGAUCAACGAGAAUAUACAGAUUGGACCGCUUGGCACAAAGUACCCCGAUUACAUGUUUAUUCCAGAGGGUGACACCCCGACAUUCUUGUAUCUCAUCCAGAAUGGAUUGGGUGUGCCCGAGCGGCCAGAAUAUGGAUCUUGGGGUGGUCGGUAUAUUGCCACUGAUGUUAGUGGUGAUGGAGUGGCUAAUGGCCAUUUCAGCGAUACUACUGAUGAAGUUGUUGGACUUGAUGGACAGAAACAUAAGUCCAACCAGGCAACGAUUUGGCGGUGGCGAGAUGCCUUCCAGACUGAUUUUGCAGCGCGAAUGCAGUGGUCGCUUUCGUCUAAUCUGAGCGUCGCUAAUCAUCAUCCUGUUGUUGUUUUAAAUGGUAGUAAGGGGGUUGAACCGCUGCUGUUUGAGCUGGAGGCAGGAUCGACGUUUCAGUUGGAUGCAUCUGCGUCUUAUGACCCUGACCCGAAUGAUCAGAUCACUUUCAAAUGGUAUCAGUAUCGUGAUCCAAGUGCGACGCAGUGGUCUGUCCAUUAUGAGGUUAGUCUUUUGGAGAUCAAGCCGGUCAAUGAGGCUAGUAGUAUUGUGGAUGUUACGAUUCCGCCGCCGGAUAAGUGUUGUGUUGAGCUUAUCAGUCGAGUGGCUGUGCCAAAGGGACAAGUACUGCAUCUGAUUCUUGAAGUUAAGGAUAACGGGUCUCCUGCUCUUAUAAGCUAUCGCCGUGUUAUCAUUCAAAGUACGAAUGAGAAGUUGUUGGGCGGCGGCGGCGGAGCGGAUGCGAUUGGGGAUAUGAUGCGGGAUAUGAUUUCGAAUAAUUAG